AUGGAAGACACGCAUGUACGACGCCGCAAGACGCGGACGAGGAUGCCCAACUUUCGGGAGAUCAAGCUCAUUCGAGACAGAGAGUCCAAGAGAAUCAUAAGACAGCAAUAUAUUGCCGACUGCAGGGCACUCAAGGACGAACUGGCCGAGUUGACAGGUCGGUUACGUGCUCUCCAGAACGCACGAACGUCAGUGUCGUCGCUGCCGUGGCAUGAAGUAGCCACGUCCAUGAGUGAGGCCAUGGAAGAAAGCCUAUCGGAAUCCAAACGCCUUCAGCUGCAUGUGGCGCGUGCUAAGCUCGUGAGCGCUCGUUUGGUGCAGUGGAUACAGUCCUCAGUGGCGCCCGACCUGAAAAUGUACUGGACGAGCCACCACCACAUGCGCCGGUUCUCCAACUUAGCGGAGGACAGCAUGCAUGUCCACGUGUCCACGCGGUGCAGCUUUGUGAUCAUUCAAACGUCGAUCGAAGCGGAUAUGCCAAGGGUAGCGUAUGCACUGUUUCAAGCCACGCUGGGAUUGAAGGCGCUUACCAAGACGUUGGCUCGCGUAUGCGCAUACGGCAAAGUCGUGUGA